AUGUCUCGUAACGUUAGUAGGCCUUCAGUGGACAACCUGAUAGACGACAUUCGAGAAUUAUACAACAAAAAUAAAACAAGCUCGCUUGACAUGAGUUGUGACUUGGUUGAUGAGAAACUAGCAAGACGCUCUGCUGCUCAACAAAGGGAGCUGGCGAAAAACGUUGCAAGGGCGUCGAAACAGUUUGAAGAGAUGUACAAGAAACGUUCAUUCUACGAAAAGAUGAUUGAAAGAUCAAGGACAGUGAACGCACCAUCAACAGUCAGUGGUCGUAGGUGUUCAAGUCAUGACAAUACGUGUUCUUGCGAGGAGUUCAAAAGUGAAUCAAGCAGAAGUUUACAUCCGAAGAAAGUUGGAAGCGCAGUUUAUGGCAGAAUACCUCAGGUCUUCUUCUUAAUUUCAUUGAGCACUGAUAUAACUUCUUUAUACUGGAUAGCUCUACCAGUUUUAAACUAUUUACUCAAGCUAAGAGUCCCGUUUAAGGUACCGUACCUUAUUGUUCUAGCGUUGUCCUAUAGAGUCGUUGACUCAACCUCGCAAACCAGGCUCUCUAUUUCCGUCUCCCACCUAAUCACGCUCUGGCAGAGAACUUAUAUCUACUACAGAGACGCGUCUAGUGUAAGGAUUUUAGCUCCUCUUAGUUGGGUUAAGUCAUUUCAGUUUCCGCAGGUUAAAUUGCGAUGGACUAGCAGUGUUGCGUUAACUCCUAACAUUCGUUUAAAGUUCCAUUAAAUGAAGCCAAAGAUAAGCACUACAGGUCCACGAGUGUGGGUUGUAUUCCACAAUAAACUGCUGUUGUUUGUAUUUGAAUUACCUUGUGAGAAAUAUUUCACAUUGUAGGCGAGUUGUGUGCUUGAUUUACACAGUACAAUUCAAGCUGUGUGCAGGAUGCAUGCGACAGUUUUAGGCAAAAGUUGUGCAGUGUAAAUCGAUCUUAAGAAACAAGAACUAUCCAAUGCAUACUUCUGUGUAAUUGAAUAAAAACCGUUCUUUCCCCUAUAGGUUUUAAACGCGCCGCGAAAGCUGAUUAAACAUACACUUGGUGAGAUUGUAUUACAACUGGAGAAACGUAUAAUACUUCAUGUAUUCCCAGACUCUAAUCGUAUCUACUAUGGCCCGCUUGAAGAUAUUAGGGAGGUGAUUACGUCAGAGCCUGACAAGGAUGUGCGGGCGAAACUUUUGCAGGCAUUGGACUGUCGUAUACAGAAGUUACAGCCUUUGGGUUGGGAUAUCAACUAUCACGUGACCUUUGGGAACAGGAUGAUGCAACGUUAUGGGGUUGGUGCUCCCGCGUGGUUUUAUGACGAACCCGACCCACUCGUGACACACGCGCAACUCGCGAGAAUUGUCACGAAGCGGUUACCGCUGGAUGAGAGGUUACAUAUGAUGACCAUACUCAGUUGUUUACUUUGCCUCGCUUUGGAAGAUGGUCAGCCUUUGUUUUUGAUUUGCGACGGAGAGGAGUUUCAAACCGUGGGAAAAUAG